UGAACGUCAACGAACAAAUUUCACAAAAUUUAUCAAAAAUAUAAUUCUAAACACAAUGUCAGACUGCGAGGAGACGGAGCGCAAGGCAAAGCUCCAAAGCGCUGCCAAGCUCAACAGGAAUCUGCAGAGCAACGAGGUGCUGACACUGCACUACCUGGGGCUGCCCUACAUGGUGCUCUGCCGCAGUCCCCAGCUGCGGCUCAAGGUGCCGCUGAGCACCUACAACUUCCAGGAUGGCGAAGCCAAUGGCAUCGCGCUGCAGCUGAUCUUCACCUGCCCGGUCAACUAUCCGCUGCAGCUGCCGCGCGUCGAUCUGGUCGAGACGCGCAAUGUGAGCGUCGAGCUGGAGAAGAAGUUGCGCGCGGCGAUCGCCAAGGCGUUGGAGCAGCAUCUGGGUCUCUACAUGAUUGUGCCCGUGGUGACCCGAGUGCAAAUGCUGCUGAACGACGAGCUGAGGGAUGAUUAAAGCUGCGCUUCAACAAA